UCCAGGCUACUCACUACCCAGUCUCACACCACGGCCCUCUACGCCUCAGGGAGAAGAGUCACCUCCAUCCAGGUUCUACGAGCACAGGCGAAGUUCUGUGGUGCUCAGCUUACCUGGACUCGAGAUGUUCCCUGGCGACCUUCUGGUGUCAGAUGGAGCUGCCGACUACCUGUGCCACCCCUUUCUGGUGCUGAAUUCAGAAGCCAAAAAACCCAGAUGGCCUUUCUCCAAGAGAGGAGUGGGCAAAGACAGACACAAGCACAUAUCAGAUCUGGAAAACUGCCUCUCCUCUGUGAAGAUUAUAGACUUCAGGGGCUCCACGUUCCAUAACCUUAAGGAUAAGACCUGGAAUGAAGUGGUAGAAACACAUCAGAGUCUCCCUACAGACCAGCUGGACUUGUGGAAGCAGCAGGAGGCCAUGUGGGAGCUCUUCACCAGCGAAUGCACCUACUUCCUGGACCACUUACUGGUUCUUAAAGUGGUCUUCAUGAAUACACUAAAAUAUCUACAAGCUCAUGAGUAUCUCCUAGAUGUGGAUUUAUGGAGACUUUUUGCAAAUCUGGAAGAGUUAAGUCAGACAAGCUCUGGUUUUGUGAACAGCCUUUUCAGUAUCAUCAAAGACUAUGUCGAAACUUCAGAGACUUCACCGCCAAUGGAUUUCAUCUCUGUGCUCGCAAAGUAUUUCCGAGGAAGCCUCUUUCAGAGUCACCAGACCUACUGCCUGAAUUACUCAGCUGCUGUCUUUUAUCUGGAGAGCCUAAGGCAGAGAGAUGACUUUGGAAUCUAUUUAAAAUGGUGUGAGCAAAAUGAGCAGUGCAAACGGCUUCACCUGCCUGAGCUACUCGUGGCCCCAUUGCACCGGUUGACUCGAUACCCCUUGUUGCUGAAGAAUAUCUGGAAAAGGAGUACAGAUUCUACGGAGAAAAUCAUGAUCUACUCCCUCAAGGACAAAGUUGAAAAGUCAAUUCGGGAUCUUGAAGGAAAGGUGAAGUGGCUUGACAACUUCCAAAAAUGUAGACAUCUACAGGAGAUUAUAGUGUGGCCUCCACUUUGGGACAGAGAUAAAAGAUUCUUCAUCCCAGAGGGCCUGAAACACAUUUUAAAAGAACACAUGGCAGAAAAUAUCUUGUCACCAACCAACAGACACCUUCUCUAUGAGGGAAAAUUAACCCUUGCAGAAAACACAAGAUUCCUAGAUGUUUAUCUGUUCCUCUUUGCUGAUUUCCUCUUAGUUACCAAAACUAAGCGCAACAAGAAGAAACCUGGAGGCUCAGACCCUGGCUUAAUAUGCCCUUCACUUACUCCUGAGUUGCAAACAGUCAUAAAAGAGGGUGUUUCAUGCACAGUGCUCGAUCAGCCCAUCCCUCUGGAUAGACUGGUGGUCAGAAGUAUUGACCCCCUCCAUGUAUCAGUCUUUGGACUGAGAAAUGCUUUCCUUAUUCAACAUGAAAACAGGUAUCGACAAUGUAUAGCAGCAUUCUUCCUACAAGCCCAAACAGAAAACAUCAAAAAAGCAUGGAUGGCACAAAUAGCAGCAGCAAUUUCUAGCUUCACCAAGAGUCAAGAAACAAAGAAAAUACCUUUAUUUACAUUGCCUGCAGAAUCCUCGGAAAUUUAGAGCCCUAAAACACAUGGCAUACCUUUGUAGACAUUAGAGAUCAAGGUAUUUCAUUCAAACCUGUGUAACACUUAGUGAUGAGCUAGAGGAAAUGUACAUUUUAAAGGAGUUCCAGAAUAUGAGAAUUGGUGCUAGGAAAAUCCUCAUAGUGAGGAAUAAUGACUGCAAAAAAUUUGAACUCUGGGAAUUUCUUGAGUAGUAUAUAUGCUAAUAUCCAGAUCUAACAUGUACUAACAUCCAGGCAGGUUUACCAGAGGUGCUGGUGAACAUCAAUGCUAUUAUAAUUUUACAGGAUAGACAGUCUGUGUAAGUGGAGUGUGGGAGGAAAACAAUGCUCACUGCCUGUGCCCAACACAAAUCCAAGCAUCUUACUUUGUGUGUAUCUAUAAUGAAACCAAUUUUCCUAUGAGGCUUGUAGAUAAGUCCUACUGCUUUAUAAUCAAUCCUACUGCACACUCAGUGAUAAUUCUUUUGAAUCAAAGCUUGAUUGCUCCUUUAAUAUAGUAAGCAAUAACAUAGUUUAUAUUUAAAUUGCAGUUUUUAAAUUUUUAUUCUCCAACAGUUUAUCAUCAUUACUUCCUAAUGCUCUAACUUAAAAUUAGAAAAUCCCAAAGGCUAAAGUUCAUUAAGAAAUGACAAAAACCUGUUUGUUUCACCAAUUAACACAUUUACAUAGGAGAUUCUCAAAGAAAUAAUAAAAUACCACUUAUCGUUUUCUUUAAGAAUGAUAGUUUGUCAUAAAAUUAAUCACUGGUUGUGUGUGUGUGUUAGCAUAGUACACUUACCUUUAUUAUGGAGGGACUUGAAACUUUAUUAGCAUUUUUAUCAAAAAAAGGCAUCUAGAAUUAUUAUCAUGGUGAAAAAAACAAGAUUAAUGCCAUGUAAAGAAUGAAAUUCCUAUGUUGUUGAUUUCUUACAAUCAGAGUUUAUCAAAUGGAAAUCUGCAUUUUUCAAUUUCAGGCAUGUUAUGGUACCUUUUGCAAUUUCUAUAAUGGAAGUGUGUACCUUUAUCAACUUGGGUUACAAGUCCAAUGAUGUCUUCAACUGACCUCCAUAAAUUAAGAGAAUGGGGUAGAAAAGACCAUGUUUGGGAAGUCAUGUGCACAAUUCAUUUUUUAAGGAAAAUAUGAGCUUCCCCAUAUAGAUGCAGAGUACAGACAAGUGCAGCAGAAUGGCUUUUGUGCCAGGGGCAAGCACUAUUAGAAUGUGGGGUCACAGUUUCUUUACAAUAAAAUUGGACAUUUAUUAGGAGUAAGUAAAAAUAAAAGGAAAACUGGUAAAGCUAUGACUACUGUUAAAAUGUCUUAGACUAAAUGAGUGCAGAAAGACAAAGAGGGGGAGAAAUCACAAGUAUGUUUCUGGAGAUGGGACUUAUAUGGAAUUGAAAGUGACUAUGUCCAGGAAAACACAACAUAGAUUUAUGCAAAAAAGAUUUAGGAAGAAAUUUCUGACUAAAAAUAAAUAAAUAAAACUUUCUUUUCUCGAGAAAAGAACUUAAUGUAAUCAUCUUGCAGGGAUUUUUAGACAUAAGUAUGUAAGGAAGAAGCCAAAGGACUAAGGGAUCUCUCAAGAUUCCUUUGUCCCAUGACUCCAAUAAUUAUAUACUUAUACACACAUAUAUACAUUCAAUAUAUUAAUGUCUAAUUUCUCAUUAAAGGGAAAGAUUAAAUUAACAAAGUCUAUAAAAAACAGGUCUACAGUAUGCUACAUAUAGAAGAGAUAUUAGCUCUCCUAUGGUCAUUGCAAUAGCCAAGAUGUGGAAAAAAUCUAACAUCCCUAGCAGAUGAGUCGAUGAAGAUGUGGCAUAUGCACACAGUAAAAUGCUGGUCACUUAAAGAAGGAAUUCAGCAACACGUAACACACUGAUGGACUUGACUUGAGUACAUUAUGCGAAGGGAAAUAAGCCCAUCCCAGAAAGAUAAAGAUGGUUAAGAUUCCACUUACAUGAGACAUCUAAAACGAUGAGUCAAAUUAAUAGAACGUGAGAGUGGAGUCGUGGUUGCCAAGGGCUAAGAAGAGGGUAAAACGGGGAGUUACUAAUCAAUGGGCAUAGUGUUUCAGUAAACAAGAUGAAUAAGCUCGUGAAAUUUGCUGUAUUGUAUACUAAAAAAUCUGCCAAGAAAGAUGUCUUUACCAAACACAAAAUAAAAAUAUUUAAAAGAAUAUACUGUAUGCUUAAACGGGAAUUCUAUAAAGCUUGUAAAGGGAUAUAUCUAACAUAAAACAGAAUUUGUGCUGACGGAUACACACAUUCAACUUGUCAGAGGAAAGCAAAGCAAAGUAAAGUGAAGAAACUGUUCCAGAACUUUGGUUCCCAGCGAGAAAAAACAGUAAAAAAUAAUGGUACACUGACCUUUCAGGAAAAUAGUUCACCUGCACAUUAGCUUAGAUAUGCAAAUGAAAAAAGGGAUUUCU